UCCCUGUUAUUCACAAGCUAAACGAAACGCGGAAUUUGCUAAUUAGAGUAGCCUAUUAAGUACUGAAAGACUGUAUGUAAAAUAAAUAGCUGUCAUCCUCCGAAAGGACUUUGAUUAUGGACUUCCCACAAGCAUCUCACUGAGGCAAUCCUCAAAGUGCAACAUUACUGGUCGUAUUGACCGUUUUGCCAUGGAUGGUGGUUCCCCGCCUGAGAGAUCGAAUCCAGAAGUGAGUUUAAGAGAUUUCGAUGCUUUGGGGAAAGGGAAGCGUGGGAUGAUGCCAGCUUUACAAGCGCAGACCUCCAUGUCUCAUACUUCGUUUUCCGUGGACGAUAUUCUCGACCCGACUAAGUUCACGGGAUCCAAGUCCAGCCGGCUCCGAGAGAGCACGUGGCAUCCUUGGCAGAAAGGGACGUUAUCAGAGAGUGAAUCCGAAAAUGAUCAAGACUCAUUACGAGAGGACUCGAUGUCUCCACUCCCUGACGUCAUCGAGGUGGCUGAAACGGACAACAGCAAUAAUAGAGAGGGCUCAUCUGCCAGUCGCGGACAUUUACCAAGAUCAUCGAAUGGCCUCAGGUCGUCAGCAACGGACGAAGAAUCGACUGACAAGGAGUCUAGUAAAGGACUUGGCAGCUCCUCUUACAAGAAGAAAAAAUCCUCUGCUGCGGAUAGCAAAGCCGGUAAACCGAGGCGAGCCAGGACAGCGUUUACUUAUGAACAACUUGUUGCCCUUGAAAAUAAAUUCAAAACAACGCGAUACCUUUCUGUAUGUGAACGCCUGAACUUAGCAUUAUCCUUAAGGCUCACAGAGACUCAAGUCAAGAUUUGGUUUCAAAACAGGAGAACUAAAUGGAAGAAGCAAAAUCCCGGACUUGAUGCCAAUAGUCCUACGUUACCUCCGUCUCAGGCAUCAAGUUUGCCGAACUCUUACGCUGCUUCUCCAUCUUACGCAGCAGGCUUGCUCUUCGGCAACCAACUGCCUUACCUCCCGGCGACAAGCGCCUUGCCGUACCCGGUGAUAACUCCCGCACAGCACUUCGGGCACACAGCGGUGCACCCGUAUCUCACCCACCUGGGACACUCGUAACCCCAAGCAGCGAUAUGCCUGAAAUUCGCACUCACACAUCAAUAAGUAUGUGCAGGCAGAUAGAACUCGAUGCCGGCUAGACAUGGCUAGCGGAAAUGUGUCUCGGGGAAAAGAGACAGAACUUGUGAAUGCAGUUAAGCCUUCACGAUCACCAAGAAAUCGCAAAAUCUGUUAUGUAGAAUUAAUGACUUUAUUAUUAUUUAUUUCUCUAAAUUUGAAAUAUAUCAUUUUCAUUAAUAUUAAUUUUAAAUGUGUUCAGAUUUAAAACAGAGUGCAAUUUUGAAGCAGUCUGUUCCUUAAUACUUUUUCCUCCUUGUACUUAUACUUUAUCAAUUAGUUAAAAACAAAAUGUAAAUAUUAAGGAAUAAUUUCAGAAGUAAACUUAAUUAAUUCGCUGUUUUUAAACUAACUAAUCGAUUGUUAAGUCUUUUACUAAACUCAUUACAGCUGAAUCGAGAUAAAAAUGCAAAAGUGUUAUCAGUUAUUCUUUUAUGUUUCUUUCUGUUAGUAUCAUAGAGAACAGACAUUUAUUGGGACACUGUAGAUGUCUCAUUUACUGUCGAAGGCAAUUACAACAAGCACGCAUAUAACAAGAUCAUAUCCGUGAUAAAUAAAAUUCAUCAUGACUUUUAAAAUGAUGAAUUUAUAAGUUCUUAUAAAAAAGUGCAUUUAAUGUAAUUUAAGUAAUUAAUUAAAUUUAUAAAUAAAUAUCAGGAAUGGCGAAUUAAAAGCAUAUGUUCAACUGGAAUAGUUUAUUUAAUUCAUAACAACAUUAUCUGCAAUAAAGAUUCUCCAAUAGCAUCUGCGCAAAGCAGCCGCAUAUCGGAAUUUCUUAAGGGCGGAGUCAAGUAUCGUAGAAACUUUUGCCACAGCAACCACGAUUCUUAACUUUCGAUGCAGAACAGCGCCGUCUACCUGUUUCAGUUUCUCAGAAAUAAGAGAACUAACUCAGUACAUUUAUAUGAGAUUUUUUUUUACUCUCAGAUUUGCUUUUAUUAUCUUUCAAUAUUAGCUGCAAUUAUAGUUUUUAACGACUUAAAUUAUUAAAAUUAAAAGCACAACUUAAAUUUUAUUUCCAUAACUAUUUUAAAAAUCCAGGUAAAACCACUGAGAACUCUUGGCAUGACCAUCUGAUAAUUUUUCAUCCUCGUGAUCAUUCUUAAAAGAAGUGUAGUACGUUUUAUGUCUAAUGCGGAAAUAAUCGUUACGUGAGAGUAUGUAGAAAAUCUGAUUUUAAAUCAAUAAGGAAACAUGAUUUAUUCAGCUGAAUUUCAAGAUCCAUAUAAGAUCUACACAUGGUGCAUUAUAAGAAUGACAUCCCAUCCCAGCAGCCGAUAACUUUAAGAUUUCUGAAAAACCUGAAUCUUCUACAUUCAGUUAUGCUCCAGAUUUACAAACUAUUUGCUUUAUUUAAGUACGUUUGAAACGUUUGCUCUUAGUGUAAAAAUUGUUAUUUACACAAUUAAAGGUAACAGUGUCAUUUACAAAUAGAUAUUAAAUAUUUUAUAGUCGUAACUGCACUCAAAAUAAGGAGUUUCAUAAAUAGUAAAAAAUCAAUUACUGGUAAAUUAGUAAAAUAAACAUCGACGAAUUUUUCGCAUGCUCAGACACAGAAGAAAAUUUCCAGUGUAUUCCAGUGGAAAAAUUCCACAUAUCCUCCCAUUAGUAAUUUUGAUAUUCAUUGAGUAAUUGUGCCACGCUAAAUGUAACUGGACUGCUUCAAAAUAAUUAUAAGUUUAUGAAGUUUAAUCAAUUAACAAGAGUAUUUUUUGUGUGUACAUCCAUUAGGUUAAUUUACAAGCACUCUAGUUUUAUUGCUAAAAAUUGUGCUAUUUUUUUAAUAAUACAGAAAAUAAGAUUUUUUUUACAACUUCAUUGUAUAUUAAAUAUUGCCGGCAAUUCUUGUGAUCUAUUUCUGAGAAGAAGCUACCUGCACAUGAAUUCACAACAACUGUAAGUGUACUGUUAACACUGUGCCAAUUUAUUUAUAUCUGUGCCAACAGCUGUGAAUAAAACUUUCAUAAAAUGUUUGCUGAAAGGAAUGUAAAAUCAUGGACUGCUAGAAAAAAGGAAGCAAACCUUGUGGCAAUCAUCACAAAAUUAGAGCGUCUUCUGUCAUGUUAUGCCUUAGAAACCUUUGAAGAAGAGAAAAGAAACACUACAAAACAAAAAUAUCUAAAAAGAACCGUAGUUCCUUAAAUUAUUUUCUAUUUUAUUACAUUUCCUGACGUUCGAAACAGCGCAACAAGUUCCCAGAGACUAAUAAGGAAACGUUUUUGUUUUAAUAUACUUUUAACUUCGAAAGCGGAGACGAAAAAAGUAUUAAAAUACACUUCUGUGACUACGAGCUUACACACAUCUGUACCAAAAUACGACUUCUUUUAAAAUUAAGUCACUCUCCGUUGUAUUUACAAACCGAAGGUGAGAAUUUAUUCCAAACAGCAUAGGAGAUGUAAGGCUGCUUAAGAGAUCAUCGAAAUGUUUUGUACAAAGUAAAAGGAGUAUUAAAGAAUAAAUUCUCAGUUUUAUUGACUUUUGA